GAAAAGCGGGCGAGAGACAAAGGCAGCAGGAAGCCUCCUCAGCGCCCGGAGCCCGUGCGCCCGGCCCCGGGGCCCCCUCGCCGCCCGCCGGCCCGCGGAGCAGCGGCGGCGGCAGGAGGCGGAGGAUGCGGCAGGGGGCGUGGGCGCGGCGGCGCGGGCGGAGCGGCGCGGCCCGGGCGCGGCGUGGGUAGAGCCGAGGCGGCAGCGGAGGCCGGCCUCCGGGAGCGAGAGCGAGGCGCCUUCCCCGCCCGGGAUGUGAGCGCCGCGCGGAGCCCGGGGCGGGGGAGGGCCGGGCCGGAGGCGCAGCCGGCAGGAAGGAAGGACGGACGGACCAGGAGGAGGAGCGGCGGCGGCCGGAGCCGGAAGGCGGGGAGGGGCCGGCCGUUGGGCCCGAGGCGGCGGCGGCGGCGGUAGCGGCUGGGGAGACGCGCUCUCGUCGCCUGCCCGGGGCCGGAGCGGUGGGGCCCGCGCCUCCUCCCCCCAGCGCCGCGGAGGGGGGAGGAGGAAGAUGGAGACCCAUAUCUCGUGCCUGUUCCCCGAGCUGCUGGCCAUGAUCUUCGGCUACCUGGACGUCCGGGACAAGGGGCGCGCGGCGCAGGUGUGCACGGCCUGGCGGGACGCCGCCUACCACAAGUCGGUGUGGCGGGGGGUGGAGGCCAAGCUGCACCUGCGCCGGGCCAACCCGUCGCUGUUCCCCAGCCUGCAGGCCCGGGGCAUCCGCCGAGUGCAGAUCCUAAGUCUCCGCCGCAGCCUCAGCUACGUGAUCCAGGGCAUGGCCAACAUCGAAAGCCUCAACCUCAGCGGCUGCUACAACCUCACCGACAACGGGCUGGGCCACGCGUUUGUGCAGGAGAUCGGCUCCCUGCGUGCUCUCAACCUGAGUCUCUGCAAGCAGAUCACUGACAGCAGCCUGGGCCGCAUAGCCCAGUACCUGAAGGGCCUGGAGGUGCUGGAGCUGGGGGGUUGCAGCAACAUUACCAAUACCGGCCUUCUGCUCAUCGCCUGGGGUCUACAGCGCCUCAAGAGCCUUAACCUCCGCAGCUGCCGCCACCUCUCGGAUGUGGGCAUCGGGCACCUGGCUGGCAUGACGCGCAGCGCCGCGGAGGGCUGCCUGAGCCUGGAGCAGCUCACGCUGCAGGACUGCCAGAAGCUCACAGAUCUGUCUCUAAAGCACAUCUCCCGAGGGCUGACGGGCCUGAGGCUCCUCAACCUCAGCUUCUGCGGGGGCAUCUCGGACGCUGGCCUCCUGCACCUGUCGCACAUGGGCAGCCUGCGCAGCCUCAACCUGCGCUCCUGUGACAACAUCAGUGACACGGGCAUCAUGCAUCUGGCCAUGGGCAGCCUUCGCCUCUCGGGGCUGGAUGUGUCAUUCUGUGACAAGGUGGGGGACCAGAGUCUGGCUUACAUAGCCCAGGGGCUGGAUGGCCUCAAGUCGCUCUCCCUCUGCUCCUGCCACAUCAGUGAUGAUGGCAUCAACCGCAUGGUGCGGCAGAUGCACGGGCUGCGCACACUCAACAUUGGACAGUGUGUGCGCAUCACGGACAAGGGCCUGGAGCUGAUCGCUGAGCACCUGAGCCAGCUCACCGGCAUAGACCUGUACGGCUGCACCCGAAUCACCAAGCGCGGCCUGGAGCGCAUCACGCAGCUGCCCUGCCUCAAGGUACUCAACCUGGGACUCUGGCAGAUGACGGACAGUGAGAAGGAGGCACGAGGGGAUUUUUCUCCAUUAUUCACUGUGAGAACUCGGGGAAGCUCCAGAAGAUGAGGGACAGGGGACGGCGACUUGGUUCCUGCAGAUCUUUAACUGUCAGACGUGCCCACUCUGCGCCUCCAGCAACUUGGCGAUGACAGCUCAGGUCUUCCUGCCUCGGCACUGCCCAGGGCUUCUGCUCCGGUACCUUGUGAAGCUGCAUUCUCCUGAAGCCGGUUUCUCCAAUUCUGGGGACAGUGGUUUGUUCUGUGACCUUGCUUCCCUUAUGGAUCCAAGGAGACUUGCUUUUUCAGUUUGUUCAGCUUUUUGCUUUUUAGAAUGGAAUUGCAAUUUGCAAGCUUCUUAUAUGCCAGACAGGAAACUGGAAGUUCCACACUUUAAUUUUAUACAUAUAAAUAUAUACAUGUGUACAUAUAGAUGUAUAGGGGUAUUGUACAUAUACACAUAAAAUGAUGAUACAUAUAAUGAUGAUAUGUAUUACUGAGAACGUAAAAUAUAAUUACAUAGUGAUAGCUGGACACACAAGGGAUUCACAACUCCCCAAAGAAAAUACAUCUGGAUGACCUGCAUAGGAAUUUCCCCAUGAGAAAGAGGAAUGUCUCCGUAUUUCAUUCCCUGUCCCUGGCCUGAAACAAUUUCAAUCACUUGACAAAUCAUUAUCAUUCAUUAAUAAUGUUUACUGAGUGCCCGUAUGUGAAAGAAAUCCACUAUGCAUCCCACAGAUGCAGUUCCUCUCCCCACGGGGUUUCCAUGUUAAUGGGACAAUGCCGAAUACAUCUGUCUUACCUUUA